AGGUAUAGCAAACGUUAACAUGCAGGCAAUCGAGAUGACGACAGAAAAUUCAGAAGCAAAUUUCUCCCCGAUCUUGGACAUAAUCGAUGCACUGCAAAACAUCGUAAGUGCCCAGUUUUAUAGGCACUCGUGUCUGCAUAUAAUAAUGUUCAUUCGCUUCAGCUCGCGUGUUCACAAGUGACCAUUCCAGAUCUUGAAACCCCAUAUUCCAGUUUCCCCAAUACCGAUCAGUCUACCAUUCACCAAGACCACAUCAGCGCCAUCAUCAAUGAGCGCCAGAAACAGUUGGAUGCAGUUUUGCACGAGAUUUCAGGCAUGGAAACCGUGGUGGACGGCAUAUUGAAUCUUCAUCAGCAACUCGUUGAAAAGAAGGACAGGAUCACCCAGUCCAUGAACAUGCACAAGGGAUUUGGAUCGGCUCUCUGGCGCUUGCCAACUGAAGUCCUGUCCCAAAUUUUUGACCACUGUCUUCCCGAAGACUUCAUUUCCUCGUAUCCUUCAUCAAGCCCAACAGCUCCCAUGCUGUUGACAGAAGUAUGCCGAGAAUGGAGGGAGGUUGCUGUAGGUAUACCCGGUUUAUGGCGCAGGCUGUAUAUGCAAGUAAAAGAAAACAGUGACUGGCAGAAGGUAGCUUUCUGCUACGACUCAUGGCUCAAGCGAUCACGAGGAUGUCGGCUCUCGUUACAACUCAACUGCGACGCAGAUGACUCGGUCAAGCUACGAAGCCUUGUUCAACCCUACAUCAAUCAAAUCUCUUCUCUCUCUAUAUUUUUCAGAGAUCCGGUCCAACCUGAACUUUUGUUAAUCGAUCUCCCAGCACUUCAGGAGCUGAAGAUAUGGGACUUCGAACACAACUUUCCAUCAGUUGCACAAUGUAUCUCGCAAAUGCCAUCCACUCUGCGCAGUCUCAAUGUUCUGGGGUCGUGGUUCAACUUUGAGCACUUAUCUUCUUUAAAUCCCGUAUGGGUCAACCUCACAAAUAUUGUGAUCGCCAUAUGUCAACCGAAUGUAUUCCUCCACUUGCUCCAGCUAUGUCCCAACCUCUCCUCGUUAACGGUUCGCAGUGGAUUUAACCGGACAACAACCUUGGAGCCGUUCACGCACAGCGAAAUCCGAUCCAUACGCUUCAGUUUGCACUCACGGGAUGUGCUCCCUUUAUCCGACCUGUUCGAUGUUCUAUCACUCCCCAAUUUACGGGUGUUUGAAGCUCGCUCUCGCUCCACAUGGCCUCAUGAGCAGUUCAAGGCAUUCUUGCUACGGUCAAAGUGUCCCCUGGAGAGCCUAAUUUUCAGCGGUCGUCCAGCGACGUUGACGGAUGAGGAGCGUGCGGGAUAUAUUGUCCUUUUUCCUUCCCUCGAAGUAGUGCGCGAUUCCGAUAGUAAAUCCUUUAGAUGAGACGCAGUCUUUAUACAGUUCACGGAAUGAUGAUAAUAGGCUGGCAGUAGAUCGCAUUGCAUGUAGAUACAGCAUUACCCAGGGAU